UCAUUAGGACCACUUUGCUCUUCAGCUUCUCACUUUUGGCCCUCAUAACGACGCAGCACACGUCCCCCGUUCAUAGCGCAGGAAUAACAGAAUAAAUCAUUCAUCAAGGUCACGGCGCGCUCACUUUCAGCAGGAGACGCGCUUUAAAAUAUUAAGCAGGCCAAGUUUUAGUUGGGAAAAAAAUUAGCAUUUCAUGAAAGGCUCACAUUGAUUAUGAUGGAUCUUGAAAACGCGCUUAAUUUGGAUCUUAAUUCAUAUUCCAAACCAGGCUUGUGGAGGUUCUUUAAAGGUUUAAACUUUGACCAUAAAGGCUAUCCAAUCUAUCCAGAUGAGUAUUUUCAGCUUUGAUUUUGAAAGAGUAAUCUUUGCUGGGCUGCUCCCAGUGAGUGCGUUCUUAUGCGGUGAAAUGGUGCCUGACCCGCAGGAAUCUCCUCAGCACAACAGAAAAAGCCUCAGACUGGGAAGCAGCUCUGCGUAAAGACUGCGUAAAGACGCGCGGCGCCUCAUCCAAGCUGCGCCAGCCCCGCGCGCCGCCAGCCUCUAUCUAUUAUGCCGCUGAAGUGACUGAAAUACUUUUCUCCCUUCCCAUCCUCCUCCUGAAGUCAAAGCCAGCGGAUGAAUCCUGUGAACGCGCUGCUUUUUUCGGUAAAGGAACGGACACGUGCGUUUUUCUGGAGGAUCGAGAAACCAGCAGCGAUGCCUCCAACAACUGAUCUAAACUUGGACUGAGAUCUGAGCGGAAUUCUUCUGUCAUUCGCGGAGUUCAAGAACUCCCCAUCCACCUGGAUUGCCGCGCGGCGGUCUAAAAAGUUCCUCAUUUAGAUGUGAGACUUCCAACUGCAGACUGGAUUCAGAGCGUUUCCAGCAGAGAUGCCUGCCUGUCACAGAGGACUUUACUUUCUGCUGGCUCUUCUCCGGAUUUGUUCAGGAUCCCGUCUUCGUCAGGAAGACUUCCCUCCCCGUAUUGUGGAGCACCCGUCAGACCUAAUUGUGUCCAAAGGGGAGCCAGCCACUCUCAACUGCAAGGCUGAGGGCCGUCCUCCGCCCACGGUAGAAUGGUACAAAGACGGAGAGCGCGUGGAAACAGACCGGGACAACCCCCGCUCCCAUCGUAUGCUGCUACCCAGCGGAUCGCUUUUCUUCCUGCGGAUCAUCCACGGGAGACGAAGCAAACCAGAUGAUGGUAGCUACGUGUGUGUGGCGCGGAACUAUCUGGGCCAGGCCAUCAGUCACAACGCAUCCCUGGAAGUUGCCAUUUUACGUGACGACUUCAGGCAGAACCCAGUUGAUGUUAUGGUUGCAGUGGGCGAGCCGGCUGUACUGGAGUGCCAGCCCCCCCGCGGACACCCUGAACCCACCAUCUCCUGGAGGAAAGACGGCGCCAACUUAGAUGACAGAGAUGAACGCAUCACGAUUCGUAGUGGGAAGCUUAUGAUCACCAACACUUUGAAGACGGAUGCUGGAAAGUACAUUUGUGUUGCUACAAACAUGCUGGGAGAAAGGGAGAGUGAAACUGCGGAACUCACAGUGUUAGAGCGACCGACCUUUGUGAAGCGCCCCAGCAGUGUGGUGGUGUUGACGGACGAGAGCGUGGAGUUCCACUGUGUGGUUCAAGGAGACCCUGUUCCUAUUGUUCGGUGGAGGAAAGAUGAUUCCGACUUACCAAAGGGAAGAUAUGAAGUCGUGGAGGACCAUACCUUAAUUAUUCGUCAGGUUACGUCGUCUGAUGAGGGGUCUUAUACAUGCGUGGUGGAGAACAUGGUCGGGAAGUCUGAAGCUUCUGCCUCGCUUACAGUUCAUGUCAAUGCCGUGCCCCCUGCUUUCGCCAUGCACCCCAGGAACCAGGUGGUGUCGGUGGGCAGGACAGUCACUUUUCAGUGUGAGGCCACAGGCAACCCGCAACCUGCUAUUUUCUGGCAAAGAGAGGGCAGCGAGAGCCUUCUGUUCUCCUACCAGCCGCCGCAGCCCUUCAGCCGGCUGUCCGUGUCUCAGAUGGGCAGUUUGACUAUAACUGAUGUCCAGCGCUCUGAUGCUGGCUUCUACAGCUGCCAGGCUCUUAACAUCGCCGGCAGUGUUAUCACUAAAGCAUUGCUUGAGGUUUCAGAUGCUGGGUCCGACUACCCCCCUCCCUUCAUCAAACAGGGCCCCAGCAAUCAGACGGUCCUCGUGGACAGUACCGUGGAACUGGGCUGCCAAACUGUUGGCUCUCCACCUCCCACAGUUCAUUGGAGAAAGGAUGGGGUGAUUCUUUCUCUAGCAGACUCUAGGAUGUCUGUGACUGAAACAGGAUCUCUGAAGAUUUACCAUACUGAGCUCGGAGAUUCAGGCUUGUACACUUGUAGUGCUUCAAACCCAGGUGGGGAGGCCUCCUGGACAGCAUUCCUACAAGUACAAGAAUUUGGAGUUGUGAAGUCGGUUCACCCUGUGGAGAAGAAUAUGAUGCCACCUGCUCCGUCCAAACCCGAAGUCACUAAUGUCAGUCAGACAUCAGUGACGCUGUCAUGGAAAUCUAGUCCUAAUAACGAUAAACUACCUACAUCUUACCUCAUCGAGGCAUUCAGUUACACUUUAGGUAACAGAUGGGUGACUCUAGCAGAGCACGUGAGAGCAGAGACGUUAGUCCUGAGAAACCUGAAACCUGGAGCCGUCUACCUCUUUAUGAUCCGAGCAGUGAAUGCUUAUGGCCUCAGUGAUCCCAGUCCAAUAUCAGAAUCUGUCAGAACUCAGGACAGCACUGCCACUAUAAAGGGGGUGGACCACCGUCACAUCCAGAGUGAACUUGGAGACGUCGUUAUCCACCUGCACAUGCCCACGAUUCUGUCGGGAUCUGCUGUGAGACUGCAGUGGAUGGUAGAGCAGCAGUCCCCGUACAUCCAGGGCUUCAAGGUGCUUUACAGGUUGUCCGCUGAGCACGGCCAGCCGGAGGUGCAGUGGAGUGUCCUGGAAGUUCACGGCUCACAGGAGGACAGCGUGGUCAUUAGUCAUCUAAAAAAAGGAUCCAUCUACGAGUUCAAAGUCCGCCCCUUCUUUGACGAAUUCCAGGGGGCUGACAGUGAGGUGAAGGUGGUCAGAACAUUGGAUGAAGGUACUUUAUUUUAUUUUUUCAGUAAAAUGAUGAUUUAUUUUGAAGUCCAUUUUCUUUUGCAUGUGUCAGCAUGUCAGAAACGUGUCUCUCUAUGCCUCUCAGUCCCUAGAAGAGCCCCCCAGGGGGUCACAGUUACAAAGAGUGAUGCCAACGGUACCGCUAUCCUUGUUUCCUGGAAACCACCUCCAGAGGCAGGAGAGGAUGGCUUCAUUCAGGAGUACAAGAUCUGGUGCCUGGGUAAUGAGAGCCGCUACCAUGUAAACCAGUCGGUGGAUGGUUCCACCUUCGCUGUGCUUAUUUCCAGUCUGGCACCAGGAAUUCGCUACAGUGUGGAGGUUGCAGCCAGCAAUGGUGCCGGGCUUGGAGUCAAGAGCGAGGCGGCUUUCUUUCAGUUUGAUUCUGCUGGGCAGAUGAUGGUAAUCAGUGACAAGAGAGAUGCUUUAUCACACAUCUCAGAUGUGGUGAAGCAGCCAGCUUUUAUUGCUGGCAUUGGCGCCACCUGCUGGUUUGUUCUCAUGAUUUUCAGUGUGUGGCUCUACAGGCACCGCAAAAAGAGAAGUGGUCUCAGCAGCACAUACACUGGAAUCCGCAAAGUCCCAUCAUUCACCUUUACACCAACAGUUGCAUAUCAAAGAGGAGAAUCUGCGUGCAGCGCUGGCAGACCUGGCCCUCUCAGCAUGGGUGAACCUCUAAACCAGCUGUGGCUGCCAGACAAUUGGCCCAAUCCGAGUGCCAAUCAUUUGGAUUGUGGCAUCAACUGCUGCAAUAAUGGCAAUGGCACCAGUGACAGCAACAUGACAACGUACAGUCGGCCAGCUGACUGCAUCGCCAACUAUGGAAACCAUCCAGACAACAAACAAGGGGGACAGCUCGGGACAGCCAUCUACAGUGACAUAAACCUUUCCAACAAGCUUAGUGAGAUUAAAACAAUCAACAAUUUGGGCUAUGUGAGUCCAGGAGGAGAUUCGACGGGCACAUACGAGCCUAUUCCUUACGCCACCACGCAGCUCAUUCAGGCCAGCAUUAAGAACAAGGGGGCGACUCUGUCAGAACCUCUCGACAUACCAUGCUGGAAACAACCCCCCAACCUGCCUCCCAUCACCAAGGAGAUGGCGGCUCAGAUGCAGCACAGCAUGGCGGAGCAAAGCAGUAAAGAUCUGCAGGGAAGCGAAGGCGGCGUGAUCCACCCAAAGCUGAUGCUGAACCACACACACAAUCACGGCACAGGAAGCUCCAGUCACAGCUCAGACAGAGGCAGCAGCAGCACCUCAGGGAGCGCAAUUCAAAGGAAAGGAGUCAGGGCUCCAAAGACCUCGAAACAUAAUGGGGUUAGCUGGGGGGAACAGCUGUCCUCUGUUCAGGCUGACGCCUGGGACUGCGAUGAAUACAGUCUUCCCAUGGAAGGAAGCUUUGAUCCAGAGGAGAAAACAGCAGACGCUCCAUCUCUACUAGUGAGAGCCUCAACGCCUACUGAAGGGACCUGCUGUCAAACACCUGCUUCAUCCUCACAGGGAGGCCUGAGCAAUGGCCUGCACGAUGGAGACGAACACUUCACACACACCUACAGCUCAAUACCACUCUGCGUGGACACUGAUGGACAGGAAGAGAGCGAGGAAGAGGCCAGGGAGGAGGAAAAUCCUGGAGAAAAUCCGUACAGCCAACCCUACAAUCACCAGAAGCACAAACACCAGCUGCAUCCCCUCUCGUCGCACAAGCUGCUCCUCCACGGGCGGGAGCAGACCCCAACCUCCAGCACAGGGGACCUGGACAGAUCAGUCACGGGGUCCAUGGUUAACAGCUGGGGCUCGGCGUCGGAGGACAACAUCUCAUCAGGAAGGUCCAGUGUUGUCAGCACUUCGGAGGGAUCCUUUUUUACGGAUGGUGACUUCAACCAGACAGCGGCUUCCUCAAGAGAUAUUGUUGGCGUGCGUGUGAACAGAUAUUCUGAGGAGUCAGGCCGGAGGCAGCAGAGAGCGAGCAGCCCCAUGUCAACCGACAGCAACAUGAGUCCUGCAAUAACACAUAAAAGGCCCCGGAGGCAUAAACACAACCAUUCUGGUCAGCAGGACUGCAAACCCACAGAUGUCUUCAGUGACGACACUUGCAUGCCUCUCACUUUCACCAACCAGAUGUGCCACGGGGACAACAAGGUGAGGGGGGCCACGCUCCCUCGGAUGGGCUCUGGGGAGUCCCGGGGCAGACGAGGGAGCGCUGGGACUCACAGGGUCAAGGAAGGUUCCUCUGAGCAGAGCAAAGGCCAGGACAAGCACAAGAUUUCAUCAGCAGUGAAGGGAAACAACAAAAACCGGCAGCACUCAGAAUUUGGCGACGUUCCUCUGUACAGCCGUCCCUCUUUUCCACCAGGUCAUAGAGAGCUGGGCUCGAAUGCAUUGAGCUUUCAGUCUUGCGGGAACUCCAGGACCAAACAUGCGGAGCUGGAGGGCCCUGCAGUACAGGUGGAAGAGUUCCUGAAAAGCCAAGAAGCACUGUGAGUCGUGGAGGAACAUCCCAUUGAUGCUUCAAGCGACUGGGACUUUUACAAAAAGGACAAGAAAUUCUGCACAAACCCGUUUUCUACUUGGGAUUUCCCAUUAGGUGUUGGAAAAAAAAAUCUUUAAGUCUCUGGACUUCUUUGUUCACUUUCUUUGUAUUUUUUCCUCAAGGACUCUGACCUGCUGGUGGUUGAACUGAGUACAGAGAAUCCAAAUUUGUUGUGGACGUUCACUAAGAUAUUGCUUCUGAAGCUGCUUGAUGCAGUUGAUGUGUCAUUUGUUUGUCUGUUAUCUUAUUAUAUUACUGUAAAACAGUCAUUUCCAGCCAUGUUGUAAAUUGUUUACGGCCACAGAAGUGCUUCAAAUUUUAUAAAAGUGUUGAUGUUUUCUAAGUGGUGUACAUCGUGUCUUUGUAUUAUUUGUUCUACUUUGGUUAAAAAAAGCACAAUCAGUUACUUUUGUUGUACGGAUUUUGGGUCGGGAGAACAUCAGUUGUUUAUGAAGCUUUUAAAAGACUUUGCAUUACGCUAAGACAAAGAUUGUUCAGUGAGUUUGUGCAUUCAGUUGCAUAUAUUUGAGCUGCUUUCAUACUUGUUUGAACCCUCUGUUGUGUGUAUCUUGACAACUGCAUGCAAUUUCAAAAGAAAGUUUUUUUUCUAUCAUCUUCGGUGCUUUGCUCUCCGUUUAGAAUCAUAAAAAAAUGGUCUGAUUGCAUUUCCGUGUCAGUUUUACUGCAACACUUGAAUUUUGCUAAAUAAAUGAUGGAGAAGUGUUGGAAAUA